UGGGUGCGAUCCCCAUCAAACGCAAAUGGGGGGUUGGGGCGGAUGAGGGGUCUCGAGCUGGCCUGUUGGCCAGUAGGUACACCUGGACCCACUGCCGGAGACGGAGCAGGGACAGGGGCAGGGGAAGGUUGUUGCUGUGCGAUUAUGAGAUUGUGGAGGAGUCCCUCCAUUCGCUGCAUGGCUUCCUCCAGAUUACCAAGUCGCUGCUCUGGGGAGGAGCCAUUGUCUUCUCCUUCCAUGUAGGACAUGAUGAUUGUAGAGGGGGAGGAGGGGGCAAGGUUGGAAGUGAGAAGCGGAUGACGCUGUCGACGGUCUUCACAAGCUUGUCCAGUU